CGUAAUGUAGAACCAAAAUGGCCGCCGUUGUAAUUUGACGUAUAUAAUAAGCUCGCUACUUUUCUUUUUGUUUGAGUCUUGGGCAAAAAAAGAACACCAAACGAGAGGCGGUCGGGAGCUCUGUAUCUUUCCAUUCUUCCCAUAUCGGUGUCCCAGUUUUUACCUUCAGGACAAUCAGGACUGACACCCAUCCGUUGAACGAGUUAAACUAUGCAUUUUCUGUCUGGCACACCGAAACAACUGAAAGUAGAAUAGCUAGCUAACUUAGCUGCGAUGAUGGAGGAGUUGAGCGCAGAUGAGAUUCGCAGAAGGCGACUGGCACGACUGGCAGGAGGACAGUCACAACCCAGCACCCCUCUUAGCACACCCCUCACAUCCCCACAGAGAGAGACUCCACCUGGCCCCCUCCCUGGCCCCUCAGGUGUUGCACUCCAACCCGUACCACCUACUGCCUCUCAGUUGUUGGGGCUCAGUGUCCAUAGUGGUACCCCUGUCACUUCCCCUAUGGGCACCUCUGGUGUGGCAUAUGGAAGUCAAAGCAGCGAGGGUGUGAGCUCUCUGUCCAGCUCCCCCUCCAACAGCCUCGAGACACAGUCCCAGAAUUUGUCUCGAUCACAGAGCAUGGACAUUGACCCUGCCUCUUGUGAAAAGAGCAUGUCCCAGGUGGAUGUAGACUCAGGGAUUGAAAACAUGGAGGUGGAAGACAGUGACCGGAGGGAGAAGAGAAACUUGACUGAAAAGGAAACCUCUGCAAAUUCUGAUGUCUCCGAAGAACAGGCUCUGCAGCUUAUCUGUAAGAUCCUCCGCGUAUCGUGGAAGGAGCAGGACAGGGAUGUUAUCUUCCUCCCUUCACUGGCUGCAGAGUUUCAGCAGAUCCAUAAAGAUGUGUACACUGACUUUAAAGACCUCAUCAGCCAGAUUCUUCUGGAAGUUCUAAUGAUGUCAUCCCAGUCAAAUAUCCACAACCCAUUUGCCAGCUUGACCGCCACUUCACAGCCAAUUGCAGCAGCAAAAUCCCCCAACCACCAUCUCACACUGGUGCAGCCUCCUAGCCAAGGUGACAGCCCAGUGGGCCCCAGCGCUGGGUCUUUUGGAGCCAGCUCUUUGUCCAGUCUAUAUGGGUGUGGUAGUCCUCAUCCAAUGGCUUUGGAUGCAGCCGACAGGACUUGCUCAUCUCUAUCCACUCCAGCUACAUCCACUGUUCCUUCUACACCUCCAACUCCACAGUUUAUUGUUCCCCCCAGCCCACCUGCCUCUGUCUCUCUGAGGCAUUCCCUUCCUCUGAACCCUUCUUCUGCCCCCAUGCCCAUCUCCCAGCGCUAUCGGCCCUACUCUGUCACCACUUCCUGGGGAGCUUCUUCCCCAGUCAGUCCAGGUCACAGAGGAUUUAUUUUCCCUGUACCUUCUCCAAGCCCAGCUGGGCCCACUGUUCCUCCCAACACCCCAGUUCCUGCAACACCUCUUAGCCCUCAGUUCCUCCCCUUGAGCUCACCUAGCCCACUGAAUCAAUCCUCUACAGCCCCUUUUGUGGUGCCACCUUCUCCCAGAUUGAAUGCUCGACAGGCUGCCUUUGCAACAAGGAUCUCAUCAUCUAGGUAUCCCAUCUGUCAUUUGCAUCAAUCCUUAAUUUUUUAUUUUUUAGUGCUUUUAUUCUUUGACUCCUCAGUUUUGUUUUAUCCCGUCUAUCUCUCACUCCCUUCUUUUUCUUGCUCUGUUAGCCCCUUGCCGUUCCAGUUUUUUGCUCUUUCUGGUAUGUCUCAAGACAGCAGUGAUGAAGAUUCUGAGGAGGAGGAUUUUGCACAGGUUCAGUUUGGGUCCAGUCUUGGUGCAUGUGGAGGGGGGAUGUCAAGUAAUUCAGCCAGUGAUCGCUUCACAAUUGAAGCCUGCAAAGAGACAGAGAUGCUGAACUACCUCAUUGAGCGUUUUGACAGCGUUGGCAUGGAAGAGAGAAAAGCUCCCAAGAUGUGCAGCCAACCAAAUGUCAGCCAGCUUCUCAGUAACAUUCGCUCUCAAUGUAUCUCCCAUGUUGCCCUGGUCCUGCAGGGGACCCUGACCCAGCCUCGGAGCCCACUCCAACCGUCUCUGCUGGUACCUUAUCUGCUGUGUCGGAACCUUCCGUAUGGCUUUAUUCAGGAGCUGGUGCGCAUUACCCAUCAGGAGGAGGAAGUGUUCAGACAGAUCUUCAUUCCCAUUCUCCAUGGUUUAGCACUUGCUGUGAAAGAAUGUUCAUUUGACAGUGACAACUUUAAGUAUCCCCUCAUGGCAUUAGCUGAGCUUUGUGAAAUUAAGUUUGGAAAGACUCACCCUGUGUGCAACUUGAUAACAUCGCUGCCUCUGUGGUGUCCCAAACCUCUGAGCCCAGGUUGUGGCAGAGAAAUCCAGAGACUGUCCUAUCUUGGAGCGUCCUUUAGUCUUUCUGUAUUUGCUGAGGAUGAUACCAAAGUAGGGGACAAGUAUUUCUCUGGCCCAGCCAUCACCAUGGAGAACACACGAGUUGUCAGCCAGUCAUUGCAGCACUACCUGGAGUCAGCAAGGGGUGACCUGUUUAAAAUUCUUCACAAUAUUUUGCUAAAUGGAGAAACACGCGAGUUAGCUCUUAAUUACAUGUCGGCUCUAAUCAACUACAAUGUGAAGAAAGCUCAGAUGCAGACUGAUGACAAGUUGGUGUCGACAGAUGGUUUCAUGCUCAACUUCUUAUGGGUGCUGCAACAGCUGAGCAUGAAGAUCAAGCUGGAGACGGUUGACCCCUUCUACAUUUUCCAUCCACGGUGUCGCCUUGUUGUCAGUCUGGAAGAAACGCGCCUGAAAGCCACAAUGGAGGAGCUCAAAAUCUGGCUAACUGAACUGCAUGAAGAUCCCUCAAAGUUCUCAGAAUCCAAGUUCCCCACCGAGUGUUUCUUCUUCACACUUCACACCCACCAUUUGUCCAUUCUGCCUUGCUGCCGGCGCUACAUCCGCAGAUUGCGUGCCAUUCGAGAACUCAACAGGACUGUAGAGGAGCUGAAAAACAGUGAGAGUCAAUGGAAAGAUUCUCCCUUGGCUAGUCGGCACAGAGAAAUGCUCAAACGAUGCAAAACCCAGCUCAAGAAACUGGUGCGAGCCAAAGCUUGUGCUGACGUGGGUCUUCUGGAUGAGAACCUGCUCCGCAGAUGUCUGCAGUUUUACAGCACAGUCAUCCGGCUCAUUCUUCGCAUGGUGGACCCAGCCUACCCCAAUAUUGUGCUGCCAUUGAACCCUGAGAUUCCCAAAAGCUUUGCUGCUCUGCCUGAGUUUUACGUUGAAGACGUGGCAGAGUUUCUGCUUUUUGUUGUUCAGUACUCUCCCCAGGUUUUGUAUGAGCCAUGUGUCCAGGACAUUGUCGCCUUUUUGGUGGUGUUCAUCUGCAGUCAGAACUACAUCAGGAAUCCGUACCUUAUUGCCAAAUUGGUGGAGGUGCUGUUUGUCACCAACCCAGCCGUACAGCCUCGUACUCAGCGAUUCUCUGAAAUGAUGGAGAACCACCCGUUGUCCAUCAAACACCUGGUCCCUGCUCUCAUGAAGUUUUACACUGAUGUCGAGCACACUGGUGCUACCAGUGAGUUCUAUGAUAAGUUCACUAUACGGUAUCAUAUCAGCACCAUCUUCAAGAGUCUUUGGCAGAAUAUUGCUCACCAUGGCACCUUUAUGGAGGAAUUCAACUCUGGCAAGCAGUUUGUGCGCUACAUCAACAUGCUGAUUAACGACACCACCUUCUUGCUUGAUGAGAGCCUUGAUUCCCUGAAGCGUAUUCAUGAAGUUCAAGAAGAGAUGAAGAACAAGGAGCACUGGGAGCAACUACCCAGGGAGCAGCAGCAGAGCAGGCAGUCCCAGCUGACUCAGGAUGAGCGCGUAUCUCGUUCCUAUCUAGCUCUGGCCACAGAAACGGUUGAAAUGUUCCACAUUCUCACCAAGCAGGUUCAGAAGCCUUUCCUCAGGCCUGAGCUUGGACCUCGUUUAGCUGCCAUGCUGAACUUUAACCUUCAGCAGCUCUGUGGACCCAAGUGUCGAGACCUAAAGGUGGAGAACCCUGAGAAGUACGGCUUCGAGCCCAAGAAGCUCUUGGACCAGCUGACUGACAUCUACCUUCAGUUAGACUGCGCCCGCUUUGCUAAAGCAAUUGCAGAUGAUCAGCGAUCGUACAGCCGUGAACUGUUUGAGGAGGUGAUCUCAAAGAUGAGGAAGGCUGGUAUCAAGUCCUCUAUUGCCAUUGAGAAAUUCAAGCUGCUAUCAGAGAAGGUGGAAGAAAUUGUUGCUAAGAACUCUCAGUCUGAAAUGGACUACAGUGAUGCACCUGAUGAGUUCAAAGACCCUCUGAUGGACACCCUGAUGACUGACCCUGUGAUGCUGCCUUCAGGGAACAUCAUGGACAGAUCCAUCAUUUUGCGCCACCUGCUCAACUCCCCCACUGACCCCUUCAACAGGCAGCCGCUCACAGAGAGCAUGCUGGAGCCAGUGCCUGAAUUAAAGGUGAGAAUCCAUGCCUGGAUGAGAGAGAAGCAGGGCGGACGGCCUGUCUGAGGACCAACGUCUGGUCCUCAAAUCAUGAAGAUCUGUCCAAAUUUCCUGCAUUCAGUGUCACUGCUAAAAUGAGAACAACUUUUUGAAUUGUGGGGGGGGGACGACUUGAUUGGAUUUUUAUUUGCAUUUACCCUUUUUUGUCUCAAACCAUUAUCAUGGUUCUAAAAGCGAAACAUAAUAAAGUAAAGACUUU